AUCGUAGCCACUGUGAAAGCAAGGUUCUGCGUGCGAGCGCCGCGUUUCCAAGUGCUCGCACCAGAGAUUCACACAUAUACAUAUUCUUGCUUGCACGUCUUCAUUGUUUUGUUUUUAAAAUCUUCUUUCGCUUCGGCCUUUUUAUGUAGGAAAAUACCAUGCAGUGUGUAUUGACAGUGUACGAGCAAAAGGGGGAAACACGGAGCAUGUUUACCGCGGCGGCGACUUGACAGGUGUGUCGGAUUAUCUAUCAUCCGCUCUCUUUCGGCGGAAGAACUGUGGUGCGUGUGCAGUUAUGCCCUCGCGAGGUGACACUGAUCCGUUGUGCCGUGUUGUAACAAAACAAGGCCAAACGAUAGCCCGUUGCACCUGUCGUCAAUGACUUGUACUGGAGUUUAUUGCGGUGGAGAAGUCGAUCAGCGCUCGUAAAGUGUGUGCCGUGUAUACAUGAUCCACAAACAAACAAAUAAACGAAAAUAAAGAAGGAAAAACAAGUGAAGUAUUGCGAGGCUAUCGGAGGUGCGUGCGCGAGUGCCAAAAGCAGCAAACGAAAAAAUUGAGGAACUAAGCUCAACCGUACCACCGCAAGCACGUUGGAUUUCGCGGCGUUGAGUAGCUUCGCCGGGGGCGGGGUGAGCCAGAUCGCCGCGGUGGCGGGUGGCACAGGUGUGUUGGCACUGCCGGGCUCGUUGAGCGACAAGGGCCUGGCGCUGUUGGCCCAGCACCAUCACCACCAGCAGCAACAGCAGCACCAACAUCACCACCACCACCACCACCACCAUCAGCAGUCGCAGCCGCAGCAGCAGUUCGCCAGCAGCAGCAAGACGAAGGCGGGCGCAGGCUUGGCGGGCCUCGACAGCGAGGCGGUGCGCCGCUGGGUCGCGGAGGCCGCGCGACAUUGUCCGCCGCGACCGCUGCAUCCACCGUUGCCGCCAUUGCACGUGCAACACAUCACGUCCUCGUUGUCGCCCUCACCCACUCAGCAGCAAAUCAGCAGCAGCAGCAGCAGCAGUGGCAGCAGGCACAAGCAGAACAACAGAAUCGAGCAACAGCAGCAGCAGCAGCAGUUCGCACCGGCGCCCAUGACGCAGACCCAGAGCAUGCACCUCCUCGAGAGCGCGAGUAGUAUGGCAGGCCCUCAGAAGCAGAAGAGCCCCACCAACAACAACACCAUUGAGGCCUGGCGUUCGAUGCAGGGUGCACCCUGGUGGCCGAGCAUCGAGCAGGUACAACGACAGCCCGCCGUGCAAACGAAUCAGCAGCAGCAGCAACAGCAGCAGCAGCAACAGCAGCAGGGUCCGUCGAGCGUGAGCCGCGCGUCCGCGGACAUCGAUCAGCCGCUCGACUUCUCCGUCGGCAGCUCGAUGCAGCAGCAACCGCCAGCAGCUGCGGCGCCGCCGCCGCCGCCUCCGCGAAUUCGCGUCAGAGCCAAAACCGUGCAGGAGAGACUGCAGGUCGCGCGCCACGAUAACAACAAUGGAGUUAGUCUUGCCAAGAUCGCCAAGGUGCAGGCUAGCCGCCGAAGCUAUAGUCCCAGCGAUGCCAGUGACGACGCUAGCGAGGACGAGGGCGUUUCCACCGGUGGCAGUCCUGCACAUCCUCUACGGGGCCACGAGAAUGAUGCAUGCGAACCCAUGACGGAUCGACCAUACGGUAAAGUCUGGAUAGGUGAGAACGAAGUGGCGUGGCGAACGGAGCAGAGUUUGAAGCACCAGCGCAGCUCGCCAUCGGCACUGAGCGUAUGCACGACGACAACGCCGCCGCUGACGACGACGACGGCAUGUACGACGACGACGGGCGGUGGUAUAACGGGAGGUGGAGCAAUACCAACCCUACCGUCACACCCACACCUGUCGCCACCUGCAGUCGCUCCCGCGAACGUCACCGUCACCCCCGAUCAUAUUCUUCGCAGUCCGUCUCUCCAUGCUAAACACAUGCGACUUUCACCCGCGAGCGAUGCCCUCGGUCGAAUCGAAAAGGACCCGGCAUCGCCAGAAUCCAUGCACGAUGCCGAUUUACAGGGCGAGGUGGACGGUGCCGAUCUCAGUGGCGAUGACCGAAGUAUCGCAAGCGAUGUACAAGACGGUAACGACGCCCACUUGGAUCACGACUCGAUCGACUCGGACAGGGAAGCCCUUAAUCUGGUGACGGACGUGUCGCAGCGUAACAGCAGCAGCGGAACAAGCGGCAGUGCCUCGUCGCCGAGUUCGGGGGUGAGUAGCCAGCUGACGGGUAGCCAACACGCCGGCAACACGAACAGUUCGCAGGCUGCCCUUGCUGCGCAACUCGUUGGACAGCAACUACUCAUGCACGGCUCCCUCGGCGGACUUAGUCCUCAAGAAAUACAAGCUCUCGCGUCGACGCUUCAGCAGCAGCAACAGUCUUUACAACAACAAUUACAACAAUUCGCCAUGUUCCAGCAAGCUAAUCCUGGACAAUUACCCGCUCAAGCGCAGUUCUUCUUACAGAACCAGGUGCAGCAAGCGGUCGCUCAAGCAGCCCAACAACUGCAAGCACUGCAAAAGCAGCAGGCCCUGCAGCAGAGCAGCGUUGGUCGCAAUCUCGUUCCACAGCAGCAGCGUUCCCCACCACCGCCGAGCACCCCGCCCGCGAGUGUCAAGCCAUCGAGGAUCGAGCCGUCGCCCGAGGAAACGACCGACCUCGAAGAGCUCGAGCAGUUCGCCAAGACUUUCAAACAGCGCAGGAUCAAGCUUGGAUUUACACAGGGAGACGUUGGCCUUGCCAUGGGAAAGCUUUAUGGCAAUGAUUUCUCGCAGACGACCAUCUCGAGGUUUGAGGCUUUAAAUCUGUCGUUUAAAAAUAUGUGCAAGUUGAAGCCAUUGUUGCAAAAGUGGCUCGAAGACGCGGAUAAUUCAUUGAACAAUCCAAAUUCGUUGUCGAACCCAUUAACCACGCCAGAGACGAUAGGCAGGCGACGAAAGAAACGCACGUCCAUCGAAACGAGCGUAAGAGUCGCGUUGGAGAAAGCUUUCAUGCAGAAUCCGAAACCGACCUCCGAGGAAAUUACUAUUCUCGCCGAUAGUCUGUCCAUGGAGAAGGAAGUCGUGAGGGUCUGGUUCUGCAACAGGCGGCAGAAGGAGAAGCGCAUCAACCCACCUGCAGCGAUGGGCAGCCCGACAAUGGCAUCGCCCGCACCUUCGGUAUUUGCUUCGCUGGCCAACACCAUGUCUAGUAGUCCACUGGCACUGACAACGCACUCGUCUCCGGGGCCGCUGGUACCGCAACACCCACACUCAACACCACUCGGCUCGCCACUGCCAUUGGCUCUGGUCGCUAGCUCGGGUAGCAACAGCUAUGGACACCCGCAUGGCGGCAAAUCAUCAUCGUUGCACGAGUGACACCAGGAGCAUGCUCUCUACCGACAACAGCAACAGCACCAACGGCGACUGUGCAAUCUACCGGAAUACUAUCACUACGGGGAUAGAGACUCGAUUUAAACAUCUCGCACUUGUCGUCGGUGCCUGUAUGGCUGAUCUCGUGAAUGUCUUCGUGUAUCAUAGUUUCGUGGAAGCAUCUCGUUUAUUGUUUGUUUCGUUCGUUAGCGCCUUUGCCUGGCUUUUGCAGCGUUUUUUUCAAUUUUCAAAAGUCUGUACAGGUUGCGCAAAAUAGGGUGCAACGAUUAAUACGUUUCUUUGUCGAAGCCAAUCACUUUGGUUGAAUUUCUUGUAAAUAGAGUAAUUACCUCUAUCAAGUGUAACCGUAUAGCAUUUUUUCGUAAAGUAACGCUCAAGGGUUCAGGCAGUUAAGCACCAAAAAAGAUGACAAAAGGAAGUACAGUCAAGUAUUCAGAAUUGUUAGACGGCUGUUUUGUGUAAAUAAUUAGGGGAAUUCAUUUACGUUUAUUUUGUAAUUAGGAUGCUGUUUUAUACGAGGUUGAAAGCGAAAUGGCAGGCAUGAUCUAGUAUAUUUGAUGGACGAAUGCUUGAAUCGAUAUGACAAUUUGAUUUUAGUAUUUGUUUUUGUUGCUCAUGCUGGACGUUUUGCUACACAAUAAACAAUCACGACAGGGAAAAGCGCGCUACUUCUUCUGAUAAAUUUGCCUGAACAUUUUUCAUCGAAGCCAUAAGUUUGUUCGUAACAAAUUCUCAGCAUUAUUUAUGUGUGUUGCAAAAGAAUAAUGCACGACGUUUUUUAUAAAAAGAAAUUAUGUUACAGAAAAUAAUAAUAAGAAGCAUUAAAAACAUCGAAAAACAAUGUCUUUUGAAUCCUUUGAACUAUUGACUAUAAAGCAUUUUCUGUUUGUCGAUGAAUGUAAUCAAUAAAUUGCCCUUAUACUCGAAGUCAUCCACGAGUACAAAGUUCCUAAAGCAGUGACUGUAAUUAUAUUAACUAUUACUGAUACAUUGUAAAUACGCGCAUAAGCGGAAAACGAGUUAUCCGUACGAGGCGGCGCGUUUAUCAUACUGUUUUCUUCCUUGCUUUUUUCCACGUGUUACGUGUUAUGAAUUGAGAACAUAUGUUCGAGAAAAGAUAACAACUAAUAUUUCAUAAUAUUUGUUUUCUUUUCUCUUGUUAUCUUGUAAACAAAUCCAACUUCUUUUGUUUGAUUUACUAAAAAUAUAAACGAUAUUGUUCCAAAGUCAUUGAAGGCUAUCAGACUUUUUGAAUUUUAGUGAUAAGUCAAGCAGGGUCUGUAAUGUUUUAUUUCGGAGAUUUGAAAAUCUGAUAUAUCUUACUACACGUUUUCUAGUGUGUA